AUGCCAAAAACCAGACAUCAAGAUUUAAAUCUACCAAAAUUACCAACUACUGGUGGGGGUAAUAAAAACUACCGGUCUUUAUUAUCACCUACUUCAAAUACUAUAACUGAUGCCGGGAUCAUGAAAUCAGAUCAGUUUACUAGAAAAAAUUUAAAAUCAAUUGUACAUAUAAUCACUCAAGAGUUGAAGAAAAGAGGUACCAAAACCCCUCAUAUUUUUCUACCUUUUAGAUCCAAAAUAAAUGAUGAAAAAUUGGAAUUAUUCUUAUCUUCAAUUGCUCCAAAAGGUGAAUUGAAAAAUAACGAUGAAAAUUAUUUAUACCAUAUAUGUUCUAAAACUGAUGAAUUUACUUUAAUUUGUGGUUUAAAAUUUUUCUGGUCAAGAUUACCACAUAAUGAAGUUAUCGGCUGGGAUAUUUAUCUUGAAUUUAAACGUCGUGAAAAGGAAAAAGGAUAUCCUAAGAAUGCAUUUUUAACAAUAAUGCCAAAAUGUUUAUCAUCUCCUGCUCAUGCAUCAAUUGUUUAUGAUUUCUUGGAUUUAAUUUUAAGCGUAACUUCAAAUUCUCAAUUUAAUUAUUUAAGUGGAAGAAAAAUCAGUAAAAUGGCAAGUGUUUGGGCAUUUAGUUGCAAAAAACAAAUUUUAAAUACUCCAUUUUAUGAUGCCACUGAAGAACAUCCAGAAACCAAUUUCAUUGAAGGAGUUGACUCUUGGAAAAAAUCAACCAAUGCGUUAUUUCAUUUGGUAUUGGCAUUUUUAAGAUCAAUGUUACCUGAAACAAAUACUGAAACAUUAAAGAUUCCUAAAACUUUACAAUCUUUAUUGGUUACCACUCAAUAUCCUCCUUCAAGUGAACAUGAAUCAGACAGAGGUUUAUUAAGAAAUUUCAUUACUAUUCCUUGUGUUUGUGUUUCUACAACCCAACCUUCUAAUAAUCCAUAUGAAUUGAUCAGUAAAGUUAGACACAGUUUAAAGUUUGAUAAAAAAGAUGAUUUCUUAUCAAUUGAAAACUACACCAUAUUGAAAAAUUUAUUCACUAAAAAAGGAACAUAUGAAAUUGUCAAUUCAUUAACUGAUGAAUCCAAACGAAUACUAUCUAGAAUUUCCGCAGAACCAAUCACAUCCAAAUAUAAUUUGAUACCUGGAUGGGAUGCAUCAAAAAUUGAGGUUGAUUCUGAUAUUCCACUAUUUUCUGAGAUCACUAUCAAAGAUGUAGCAAUUCAAGAUUAUUAUAUUUGGACUUGGUUAUCUACUUUAAGUAGUGAUCAACCUUCAAUAUCUAAACAAAUUUUUGGACGUUCAAUAGUUGUUGAAGCAGAAGUUUUAGGAUUUCAAAAAUGGAUUGUAAUUACUGAAAAAACAUUGAGUUCAGAAGGAUACUUGCAAAGAUUUAAUUUAGAUAGAAGAAUGUUAAGCAAGCAACAUAGAAGACAAAUAUCUAUGGAAGAAUAUAAAGAUGUCCCAUUGCCACCACUACCUUCAAAGACCAUGGAAAUUCCUGUACCCAAAAACAACAACAUCAAACCCACUACCAAUACACAUAGUUCAACGGGAUCUUCAUCCUCUGAAUCAGAGAAAAAUUCAUUUCAGUCCAAAGAAACAGGGUAUAAUAAACAUAAUCUGGAUGAUACUACUGCAACAUCUUCUAGAAAUUCUCCAACACCACCACCGCCACCGCCACCAAAAGUUGAUAGAGAAUCCGAGUUGUUUGAUAAGCUGUUUAGUGAUGAAUUUAGUUAUAUUUACCCAUCAUCAGUAACAUCAGAUCUCAUACGUGAACAUGAUGAACAUAUCAAUAAUCAACAGCAAAGAAAUCAAGUGCCACAUGAAGAUGAUAAUUUUAUAUCUUCAAGGGAGUUACAUUCUGCUGUAUCAAGAUUCACUAAAUUAACGACAGCCGAUGUUAUUCCAACAAGACAUAAUCCUGUUUCUAGAAAGGCUCCACCUUCAUUAGAUCCAUAUACAAGUACACCAAGAUCAUUGGAUCUGAUUUCAAAUAACAGACAAUCAGGAACACCAGAUAAUACAUUCUCACCAUCUAAAAGUGAUAAUAAUACUAUUGAUACAUUGAAAGAAGAUAAAUAUUAUGAACCAUUUGAUGUUUACCAUCCUGAAUUAGAAGAAGAAAAACCUGGAAAUACAUCACUUGAACCGUUUGAUAAUUAUUAUGUUCCAUUUGAAUCUCCAUCGGUUGGAAAAUUACAACCUCCACAAACCACUAGUCCAGUACAACGUAGACUUCCACCUUUAGAUGCUGCUGGUAAUUCUGGUGAAGACACUAUAGUCCAACAUGAUCAUGGCCACGAUAGUGAAGAAGCAGAAGAAGAUGAGGAUGACGAAGAAGAAGAGAAAGAGGAGGAAGACGAUUAUAAUGAAACCGAUGAAGAAGAAAUCAGACUUCGAAAGGAAGAAAAGAAACGUAGACACAAGGAAAAGAAGAAGAAAUUAGCUAAACAAGCUGAAGCGGCACAAUUAGCAGCAGCACAAGCAGCUGGAUUUCCAUUUGCUAUUUUACCUUCUAAUGUUCCACCACCACCUAUGCCAGGUGCACCUAUAUCACCCACUAAAAAGAAAAAUAGAGAUCCUUCAUCAUCACCAAAGAAGAACAAGAACAACCAGGAAAAGGAGGAAGAUGGUUCAUCUACAUCAUCAUCUACAGAACAGAAAACUCCAAAGAAGAAAUCACCAAAGAAAAUCAAGAGAACACCAGUUGAUCAAAGCAAGCCAUUGCCAACACCAGGAGAUGGUCAAUUUGAAAGAGAUAAUGUUGAUGAACAAGCAAUUGAUCAUUCACCAAUGCCUGGAAGUGUUUCAGUACCUGAUCUUUCACCGCCAAAACCAAAUAUGAUUAUGAAUUCACCAAGUAUGGGAUUUGUCAGUUCUCCAAAAUUACCACCAUCAAAUAUACCAGGGUUACAUUCAGCUGAACUGUUGGUUGCACCUAAAGAGCAGUACAAUCUUUUUAUUUCUCAACAUCCACCAAAUAUGCCAAAUAGACCAGAUUCACCAGCACAUCCAUAUUUCAUGCAAGAUGAAAAACGCAGUAAAGAUCAUUUAAUACCACCUACAAUGAUGCUUAAUGACACUAAUAAGAUUUCUGAAACAAAUACUCCAAUUAAAAGUAACAAGAAACCACCAACUAAUGCUCCAACACCAACUGUUUUCAAUGCAACUCCACCAAUGGCACAUGCACAAUUAUCAACAGCUCCUGCUCCUGCUCCUACUCCCCAUCCUAAUCUUCAUCAGCAACCAAGUGGUUAUAAUCCAUCUCCAUCACCUAUGAUGAAACCAGGUUAUUAUAAUCAACAACCACCUGGUGCACCACAUCUGUAUCAUCCUCCACAUCCACAACAUUUCCAACCAGCACCACCUCAACCGCAAUAUAUGCCAAGACCGGCUCAUCCCCCUCAACAACAACAACAACCAUAUUCUCCACAACCAAUGGGAUAUGGAGGAUAUCAACAGCCAACACAUCCUUAUCAACCACAAUAUGCACCACAAAUGCAAUAUCAAUAUUAUCAACAACCACAAGCGCCAAUGAUGAUGAUGAUGCAAGGUCAGGGAGGAAAUAUGCCAAUGAUGAUGAAUGGAAAUUCACGAAUGAUGGGAGGAGGCGUAGGAGGACAAAUCCCACAUACUCAUAAGAGUGAUCAAAUGAUAAAUAUGGUACCUAUGGGAGCUAAACAUAAUAAGAAUCAAACUACAAAUAAAGCUAAUUUAAGAAACGCAUUUGUUCAAGGAAGUUUUGGUAUUUAA